UCUCGAGGGCAGGGGGUUCCCACUUCCCACUUCGAUCGACUGUCAGACCCACCAGUUGCCACCGGCGGAGUUCCGCCGGUCCUCCCAGGCCGGCACGACUUUCUAGCGCGCGAGGAAAAUGCCGGCGGCUCUUGGCACCCGCCGCAUCUCCACCGCCGCCGGCGCCGGCGCCGGCGCCGCAUCUCCAGAGGCCGUCGUGGCGGCGGCUGCGCGGAGCGUGUGCGAGACGAUCCUCCGGCGGGCGCGGUGGGACUCGUCCCCGCUCCCUUCCUCCUCGUGCCGGCUCCUCCUCCACCCGUCCUUCCUGGAGCUCGUCCUCCUCCGCCUCUCCCCCUCCCACCCGCUCCUCUCCCUCCGCUUCCUCCGCUUCCUCCUCCUCCUCCUCUCCCCCCUCCCCUCCUCCCUCUCCCUCUCCCUCGCCCGCUCCGCGCGCUGA